CGGAAAAAAAAACUCUGUGUCGUGCGCUGGCAAUUACCUGAUCCUCUUCUACAGUGAAAAAACAAAAACAAGACCAUUUUUCUUUUUCUCCUAAAAGCGAAAGCGGAGUCAGAUGCAAUGGGCAACUAUCAGCCCAGUUCACUCUUCUCGCCAUAAAUGACGUAACUAUCCACUGAAUCCCCUGUGAAGACCCACUGGUGGAGCCAUAAUGGAGGACACUUACAAUAACAGGACUUCCCUGGCUAAGGGGGCCAAGGACAUGGUCAAAGAAGCCAAGCGUCAUGCAGCAAAGAAAGUCAACAAGGCGGUGGACCGCGCCUCAGAUGAGUACUCAUCCCACCACAACUAUAGCCGUUUCCAAGAUGAGGAGGACGAAGAUGAGGAUUUCUACCGGAACCCGCCAAGGAAGGAUGGAGAGGGCUAUCAUGACAAUGAGGAGGGCUCCAGUGAUGCAACAGAAGGUCACGAUGACGAGGAUGAGAUCUACGAGGGCGAGUACCAGGGGAUCCCCUCAGCGGGAGAUAGGAAGCAAAAGGAAGGCCAGGUGGCUCUGGGGCAACCGGUGUCAGAUGCUGCAAGGGACCGAAAGGGGCUGGAGCAGGAGAGACAGGCUGACGAGGAGGAGCUGGCCCAGCAGUAUGAGCUGAUCAUCCAGGAGUGUGGCCAUGGGAGGUUCCAGUGGCAGCUGUUCCUGGUGCUUGGGCUGGCGCUCAUGUCAGAUGGGGUGGAGGUGUUCGUGGUGGGCUUUGUGCUGCCCAGCGCAGAGACAGACAUGUGUGUGCCUAACUCCAGCUCGGGAUGGCUAGGCAGUGUUGUUUACUUGGGGAUGAUGGUUGGAGCGUUCUUCUGGGGAGGGAUGUCUGACAAAGUGGGCCGCAGACAGUGCCUCCUCAUUUGCAUGUCCACCAACGGCUUCUUCGCCUUCCUGUCAUCUUUUGUCCAGGGAUACGGCUUCUUCCUCCUUUGCCGUCUCGUUGCGGGCUUCGGGAUAGGAGGCGCUGUGCCCAUCGUGUUCUCCUUCUUUGCGGAGGUGUUGUCCAGGGAGAAAAGAGGAGAACACCUCAGCUGGUUGUGCAUGUUCUGGAUGAUUGGAGAGAUCUAUGCAUCAGCUAUGGCCUGGGCCAUCAUACCGCACUAUGGUUGGAGUUUCAGUAUGGGUUCAGCAUACCAGUUUCACAGCUGGAGGGUGUUUGUAGUCGUCUGUGCCCUGCCCUGUGUGUGUGCUGUGGUGGCACUUACCUUCAUGCCUGAAAGUCCCCGGUUCUACCUUGAGGUGGGGAAGCAUGAUGAAGCCUGGAUGAUCCUCAAACAGAUCCACGACACCAACAUGAGAGCGCGUGGGCAACCGGAGAAAGUCUUCACCGUUAACAGGAUUAAGAUCCCCAAACAGCUGGAUGAACUGGUGGAAAUGGAGUCAGAGUCUGCAAACCCAGUCUCCAAGUUUUUUUUUAGGAUAAAGGCUGAAAUACAUGGGAUCUAUCUGAAUCUCAUGAAGUCUUUCAACUACCCUAUGCGAGAAAACAUGAUGCGACUAGCCAUAGUGUGGUUCACACUGUCAUUUGGGUAUUAUGGUCUGUCAGUCUGGUUCCCUGAUGUCAUCAAACACCUUCAGGCAGAUGAGUAUGCCUCCAAAGUGAAGCUACACAACAACGAACGCAUCGAGGACUUCACCUUCAACUUCACACUGGAGAACCAGAUUCACAAAAAUGGCCUGUUCAUCAACGACCGAUUCAUCAAUAUGAAACUGAAGUCCGUCACUUUCAUUGACUCUACCUUUCGAAACUGCUACUUUGAUGAUGUGACGUCUGUGGGCUCCUUCUUCCGUAACUGUACUUUCAUUGAUGCUUUCUUCUUCAACACAGACAUUGAUGAAUCCAAGCUGAUAGAUGGCACAGAGGUGAUCAACAGCACGUUCACCCACAACAAAACAGGGUGCCAGAUGACGUUUGAUGAUGACUACAGUGCCUACUGGGUUUACUUCAUCAACUUUCUGGGGACCCUGGCUGUUCUGCCCGGUAACAUUGUGUCCGCCCUUCUCAUGGACAAGAUAGGGCGUCUUUCCAUGUUAGGUGGCUCCAUGGUCCUUUCAGGCAUCAGCUGUUUCUUCUUGUGGUUUGGCACCAGUGAGUCCAUGAUGAUUUUCAUGUUGUGCCUUUACAACGGCCUGAGCAUUUCUGCCUGGAACUCCCUGGAUGUGGUCACGACUGAAUCAUUCCCCACUGUCAGGAGAGGAACGGGCUUUGGGUUCUGCAACGCUCUGUGUAAGAUGGCUGCAGUCCUGGGGAACCUAUUUUUUGGUUCUCUUGUUGGCAUCACAAAGGCUAUCCCCAUCCUCAUGGCCUCGUCUGUGCUUGUUGGUGGAGGCCUGGUUGCACUUCGGUUGCCAGACACCAGGGCGAAUGUCCUCAUGUAACACCAGCUUGGCGUUCAUCAGCUGGGAUAAAACCUGGAUAAAACCUGGGUGAAUCUAAGAGGAAGCCCAGGGAGAGUUGAGCAAGGAGUGCAAAUGGCUUGGCUCAAACAUAUCUUAACAGUAUUAACAACAUGUCUCUAAUGUACCUUAGGUAAAGCUGGAUAGCAACCUACACACAUUGUGUUUUAUUUUUAUCAGACCAAUCUAAAUCAUUAGAUUCCUUGUUAGUCAUUAAUAAGCUCAGCCUUUGUGUGAAUGUAUUAUCUGGAGAUUUCACAUGAGUUGGGAGUUUGCACUGUUUUUUGUUCUGAGAUUUUGGUAGAGUUUUGCUCAGUUACUGGUCGCACCUUCCAGCUGCAGGCGUAACCUUGUGUCGAGUCACCGCAUGGUUAAAGCUCAAGGCUUUUAAUAUUGAUACAGUCUUAUUAAGACAAGACAGAUGGGGAGAAAAGUGAAAAACAAGCUGUAAUGAGCACAGUCAACCUUCUGUGUGACAACGCAGGGAAUAGAUGAUCAGACAGAGCGGACACACGACACAGCUGCAUGACAGCUGGCUUGCCCACAAGACUCACGUACACAGGACAUGUUGAAGACAGCGUGCAGAAAAUCAACCAACACAAACACAUAAAAAUCCACACACAGAUGUGCAAAUACAUGUCAUAAAAUAGACUGAUACUCUCACUAACCUGCACUUUGUUCUACACAUGCACACAAUGCUGUAUUUUGCUCAACAUGACAUUUGCUCAGACAUCUGAAACCUUUUCAAAAUAGAUAAUUCCCGUUUGACGCCAAGCCCUUUGCAUUACCUACCAACCAAUCUAAAAGGCCAUAUUGAAAAACUGUACCAAUAAUUGUAUGGUAUGUUGAAUCUGAGGCUGCUAAUUUUAUUUCCUGCUUAUGCUUUGUGUUAUUGUGAAAGUUGAAAAGAUCAGUUAUUCAUUUUAUCCAAAUGUUGUUACUCCAGCUCCCCAUCCAUGUGUUGUAUUAUUGUACAAGGCUCUCUGAUGAGUUCUCCUUCUGAUUUAGCUUUGUGUCGGAUCUUGCUUGUGGCAGUGACGUUGAUAAUGACGUGUCAUGCUGCUUCCUUUUAAAAAUACUGAAUGGCCUUUUUUUAAAUGUGCCUCUCCUUAACUGGAGCAGUUUGACCAUAGUCAUGAGGUGUCCAAAGGUUAUAAGGAACAGACAGAAGCUGAAAUGGAGGUAAAUAGAUAAUAUAAUCUUGCUGUG